UCUUUUAUGACAAUCUGCAAAGAAUAAAACAAGAGGAGGAAAUGCAACUUUGUUGCUGAUAUAUACAUUCUGACACAGAGUUCUAGCACACCCUUGUUGCAGCCAUGGCCUCUCAUGCGGCUCUAGCUUCCACAAGGAUCCCCACAAACACCAGGUUCCCAUCCAAGGCUUCUCACUCUUUCCCAACCCAUUGCACCUCAAAGAAACUUGAGCUGACAGAAUUCUCUGGGCUAAGAUCCUCUUCAUGUGUCACCUACGCUAACAAUGCUAGGGAAUCUUCCUUUUUUGAUACCGUGGUUGCCCAACUCACUCCCAAGACCAAUGGAUCCACUCCUGUGAGAGGAGAAACAGUGGCCAAGUUGAAGGUGGCAAUCAAUGGUUUUGGACGAAUUGGCAGAAACUUUCUUCGUUGCUGGCACGGCCGAAAAGACUCACCCCUUGAUGUUGUUGUUGUCAACGACAGUGGUGGUGUCAAGAAUGCUUCACACCUGUUGAAAUAUGAUUCUAUGCUGGGAACAUUUAAAGCAGAUGUGAAGAUACUAGACAAUGAAACCAUCACCGUUGAUGGUAAGCCCAUCAAGGUUGUUUCAAGCAGAGAUCCUCUCAAGCUUCCUUGGGCUGAACUAGGAAUUGACAUUGUUAUUGAGGGAACUGGAGUGUUUGUGGAUGGCCCUGGGGCUGGCAAACACAUCCAAGCAGGUGCCAAGAAAGUUAUUAUCACUGCUCCUGCAAAGGGUGCUGACAUUCCAACCUAUGUUGUUGGAGUAAAUGAAGGGGACUACACUCAUGAGAUCGCUAACAUUAUAAGCAAUGCUUCUUGCACCACAAACUGUCUUGCUCCCUUUGUGAAGAUCUUGGAUGAAGAGUUUGGAAUAGUGAAGGGAACAAUGACAACCACUCACUCCUACACAGGAGACCAGAGGCUUUUGGAUGCUUCACACCGUGACUUGAGACGAGCCAGGGCUGCAGCACUGAAAAUUGUCCCAACCAGCACUGGAGCUGCGAAGGCUGUGUCUCUGGUGCUGCCACAGCUGAAGGGGAAGCUGAAUGGCAUUGCACUCCGUGUGCCUACACCCAAUGUUUCAGUUGUUGACCUUGUGGUGAAUGUUGAGAAGAAGGGUCUCACUGCUGAAGAUGUGAAUGGAGCAUUCAGAAAGGCUGCAGAGGGGCCAUUGAAAGGUGUUCUGGAUGUGUGUGAUGUUCCACUGGUCUCCAUUGACUUCCGCUGCUCUGAUGUUUCUUCCACCAUAGAUUCCUCCUUGACCAUGGUCAUGGGAGAAGACAUGGUUAAGGUGGUUGCUUGGUAUGACAAUGAAUGGGGUUACAGCCAAAGAGUUGUGGAUUUGGCACAUCUAGUAGCAAGCAAGUGGCCAGGAACACCAAAAGCAGGGAGUGGAGACCCAUUGGAGGAAUUCUGCGAGACAAACCCUGCUGAUGAGGAAUGCAAAGUUUAUGAAUAGAGGAUCGCCAUUAGCAGCAGCAACCCAUUUUUACUCUUUCUUUACCUUUACCUUGUGUUAAGCGUAUCAUGUGAAAAAGAAGGAUCUUUUUCAGACAGACAGUGUCUGAGGGCAGAUUUUCAAAGUUUAAAUUUAUCUGUAGCCAAUAAGUUUUGGCGUGAUUCAUGUUCAUGAAUACCACCCAUAUAUUGAUUCAUAUUGCAUUUCUUAA